AUGAAGAUUUUAUCUAAAGAAGAAAAGGAUGCUCAUAUUUCCCAUAUCCUUGCAGAAGGUACUAAAGGUUUAGUCUACGGUGGUAUUCUUUCCGUUGGUAUUUUCCAAUAUUUGAAACAUAAACAACCAGCAAGAUUUGCUACUUUUAAUCCAAGUAUUAAGGCUGCCAUUAUUGCUAUGCCAACCAUUUCAGUGGCAGCUUUCUAUGCUGAUCAAGGGUCUGUUGAAUUCGAUAGAAAAAUGCAUCAAUCAGAUUAUACCGAAUCCAAAUACUUGGAAGAAUAUCGAGAAUGGAAUAAAUUGUCAUUAAGUGAUAAAUGUUUCACAGUAUUAAAUGACCACAAAUAUAAGAUCAUCAUUGGUGCAUGGGCUGGUUCUUUGUAUGGUUCUUGGGUCUUGGUCAACAGAGACAAAAUCAUGACUACUGCUCAAAAAGCUGUUCAAGCAAGAAUGUACGCCCAAGGUAUUACUAUCAUCUUGUUAUUAGGUACUAUUUUGUUAGCCAUGAAAGAAGAAGAAAUUAACAAAAAGAAACCAAAGCCAAUUCCAGAAUGGAAAAAGAUUAUCAUGGAAAAAGAAGCUGAAGACAAGCGUUUGUUGGAAGAAGUCAAACUUGCCAAAGAAAAAGCACAAGCUGCUCCUGUCCAAAUUUCAGAAAACACCCAUAGCCAAUAA